AUGAUGAAGUCGGCAGAUGAUGUUGCUAAAUUGAAUAUUUGUGAUAAUGAUCAUGUAAGUGCAGAUUUGUCUCUGGUUGAUCAUGAUGAGAUGAGGGAUAUGCCUACUACUGCUAAGUUGAACAAAGGUUCUGUACAACUACAACGUGAAGUAAAAUUGAACGCAGAUGCUGUUCCAGAAGGUGUGCAUACUUGUGAGACAGUCAGUGUAAUUGAUCAGCAUGUAGCCCACCUAUCAUCAGAUGAUAGUGCUAAACCCGAACUAGUAGUGAAAGACAGCAGUGGUGGUAAUCUUGCAGUUAGUCAACUAUCUGAAAGCCGAACAAGAACAGCUUCUGAUCCACCGCUAAGUUCAUCAACUGGUAUCAAUCAGUCGUCGUUGGUGUUAUCAACCACAAUGAAAUGGACGUCCAUGUACUCACGUGCCUUAUGCAAUGACUAUGAUAGUAUUGCUGCCAGCGAAAAGACGAAAGACAUUGCUCAGUUUAGUGAGAAUAAGCCAAGUGUAAACGAGAGAGUAAUUGUUAAAUUGACUUGCAUGAAUUAA